GCUCAUUUUCUGAGAAGGGUGCGUCAUAAGACAGCCUCUGCGAUGCCUGCAGUACAGCAGAGGCCAGACAAGAGGCAUUUCGCCCGGAACCCUCGCAUGUUGCGUUGGUUGGUAACUGACCAGGUAUAGAGCUGAGAAAGGUUUCGAUGAACUCGAGUGCAAGCCAGGCCACAAGCCCUCCCAUGUCAACACCGAAAACUGGAGGGAUGAAUGACUGCGUGAAAGCAGACCACGGCAACAGGGGAGGGACAAGCGAGAAGUGGAUAAUGUCACCCAUUGUCAUGGUUCUACCUGAAAGAAGUCCAUGUAUGGAUUGGUGGCGACAUAGACGCUGGAGAAAGGCGGCAGGUAAGGGUUGAUCUGGGGCAGCCAUUCGAGGACAUAUCGAAGGUACAGAAGGAUCUUGUAUAUCCUGCAUGCCGAGCAAAAGCAGCGCCGCCAUACCCCCGCUGUGCGACCAGCAGGCCAUUUCAUACGUACCUGAGGAUGUAGACCAGCGAUAUGAGCACAGUGAGAUUGUUCUUGAGCCACAGCCUCAGAAGCGGCUCCAGAAAAGGACGCGACUGCGCAAAGACGCUAAAGAUAAAUAACACCGACCUACUCAAAAGGUUCCCACCCCAGAGCUGCAAAAGGGACAGAAGAAUACGAACGGUCGCGGUCAUGUGCUCAGUGCUUCAUCUCACUGUCUGGACCAGUGGUGGCGUGCUCGUCAUGGCAAUGGUCGCUCCCCGCACAGCGGCCACUUCGGACAGCAUCCUGGCACUUGAAGGCCGCAACAGGACAUGCCUGUGAGCCUUCCAUCUCCGAUGCACUCGUGUGCCCGGCUGGACGGACACGAAACACGCGCCUCCGAAUCCUUGCCGCACAGCUGUUCUCCUGCCUUGUUCCUUCGGGAAACACUCAUCAUGCCACUCACCAGGCAAUGCCUUUCGCGAGGGAGGACUCACCCGACACCUAACAUGGACAGACAAUGGACAGACGACCAGCACUUGGUGGUGUCGAAGCUAGCGUAUGCAAAUCGUACCGCCACCACUUCGUGAGAGCAUGUUGCCGCUGCGCGAAGAGGCAAGAUCUUGUGCAUCCAAGCAGCUGCUGAGGCUGAAGGAGGACGAGAAGGACUACCCCUAACCGCAUUGCCGCUUUGCGAUAGAUGGAAAGACGACACAUCG